UUCACCACAUUUCACGAUCUCAGAGCCGAGAAGGGGAAUGCAUCCCCCUCCUGAUUCCUAUCCCAGCAAAGCAAUUCUCCAGCAGUCUGCUGCUGCGAUUAUUCGGCGUAGCUCGUUUCGCGUGCUGCAUUCUCGUUAGCUGACACCCCGCGCGCUCUUACCAGCAGAGCAUUUUAUCAACGACCAGGACACUGUAUGCAGCAGUAAUCCCCGUGACGGGGCGGUCAUAUUUGUCGGUGCGACACUAGAAGAGCACCGUGCUUAUGUUCGUGACGAGCUCAGCACGCUAUAUGACUUUUGAGUCGACUCAAAAGUCGAACUCAGCACGCUAGAGCCCGCUUGUGCUUUGCGACGGCCAGCGGUUGGGGCGUGAUAGGACAUCCAUGGGACCCCUGCCCACUUCAAAGCAUUAAGCUCUCACGCAAAGCUCCCGUUUAACUCCCCGGUUACUACGACUGGGAACUCCACUGCACGACUGAGAGUCGCACGGCGACAAAGAGUCGCACGGAGAAAACGAGUCGCACGGAUAUAAAAACUCGCACGGAGAUCAAAAGUCUCACGGCGAUAAAGAGUCGCACGGAGAUAGAGAGUCGCACGGAGAAAAGAAGUCGCACGGAGAUAAGGUUUCGCACCGCGAGAUAGCGAGUCGCACGGCGAGAUAAAGGGUCGCACGGCGAGAUGGGCGCCGAGGGAGUCAAACCGCCGCCGCUGCAGCUGCCGACGGAACAGGUGGAUCUGAUCCGCGCGACGUUCGCAUCCAAGAUCGAACCCGACGUGUCUAAACACGCCCUCGAACUGUACAUCAAGCUUCUAGAGCUGAUCCCAGAGGCGGCUCAGAUGUUCUCCAUGACUCGGAGGGCCAAGGAGCCGCACCGAGAGAACAAGCUCCUGCAGGCGCACGCCACCACCGCCAUGAAGAUGGUGUGCAGCGCAGCGGUGAAGCUGGACCGACAGAAGGACGUUCGGGCUUUAAAGACGUCUCUAGCAGAUCUUGGUUCGCGACACCUGCUGUUUGGCGUCACAAGCGAACACGCCCCGAAGCUAAGAGCUGCAUUUGUGGCAGUUCUAUCAGAAGCCCUUGGAGAAGAGUGGGGAGGAGACGUGGAGAAAGCAUGGGUAGCUGCGUAUAAUGCCAUUGAAUACAUGUUCCUGGUUGGGUUUCUAGGUUUGCAAGAAUAACCAAGAAUGCUGAGACAUCACGCAAAUUAUUUAUUCGUUUUGUUCCUCUACCAC